GGCACGCGCAUUUCAAAACCAACGAAAAACACGGAAAUGCUCGGCAGCAUUACAAACACUCGUGUAUACAUUUGGCACUUCAUCUCGGCAGGGUCUCUGAGUCCUAUGGAGAAGAACUAAGAAAUCUCUUAAUGAAAAAACACGCUUACAUUUUAUGGAGAACCUCCCGCAGAAAAUCCUAUUUUGAUUCUUUACGAGCUAUCAAACGGAUCGCAAUGUUUGUCAAAUCCCAUACACGAAGUGGAAUUACUGAAUAAAAAUACGAAGCGUGUUUCUCGGCUUCGUACAUGCUAACAUUUAGCAAAAAUGGAACGGCCUUCGCUGAAACGCCAAGGAAAGAUAUCGAUCGUGUUGUUCAUCUUCGAAAUAUUCAUACUAACAAUGUACGUCGUGUUUAUUGACUAUGGAGAUGAACUUUUACCUGUUGAGACGUCGGACCCGAAACACGAACUCGGUAAAGAUUCCAUCCCCAUUAACGCCUUCGAAGACAUGCAUUUGAUGGUGUUUGUGGGCUACGGUUUUCUCUUCAUCUUUCUCAAGAGGUAUGGCUUCAGUGGCCUGGGUUUUAACUUUAUCAUCGGCACUGUCGCUAUUCAAUGGUCCGUCGUCACCGAAGGAUUUUUUAAACUCAAAGAUUCCAAGCUACAGCUGACUGGCGAAAGCAUUGUGAAAGCAGAGUUCGCCACUGCGACGGUUCUCGUCACGCUUGGUGUUAUACUUGGCAAGGUCAACCCUAUACAGUUGAUUCUUGUCACAAUGGCAGAGGUCUUCAUGUAUUCCGUUAAUCGAUUUGUGUGCGAACAUAUUUUGGAGGCAGUGGAUCCAGGAGGGGCGAUCUACGUUCAUUUGUUUGGAGCUGUGUUUGGCUUGGGUGUAGCAAGGAUGAUUUACAACCCUCGUUCGGUGGCACACGACGAGGAAGUAUCUUCAUAUCAUUCUGACCUUUUCUCCAUGCUUGGAACUCUGUUUCUGUGGGUGUACUGGCCUGGAUUCAAUUCAUCUCUUCUAGUUGGGCACAUAAAGCACCGAGCAAUCAUCAACACCUAUUUUGCCCUUGCAGCGAGUUGUGUAACCGCGUUUGCGUUCUCGGCACUUUUAACGAGGGAUUCAAAAUUCAGUAUGGUUCAUAUUCAAAACUCAACUUUGGCUGGUGGAGUGGCGAUUGGAGCUAUUUCUCACAUGAUUAUUCAUCCUUGGGGAGCAAUACUUAUUGGGUUCCUCGCUGGAGUGUUUUGUACGUCCGGUUAUGAAUAUUUUCAGCCAUGGUUGAUCAGACGAUUGAAGGCUCACGAUACUUGUGGUGUGACAAGUUUACAUGGAAUUCCUGGUUUACUCUCAGCAAUAUGUAGCGUGAUCAUUGCAUUCGUUGCCGGAUUUUCUCAAUAUAAACAUAGUUUAUACCAGGUGUAUCCUGCUCGAGCUCCUUCCCGUAACACUACUGAAUACGCUCAGCUUCUUGUGCACUAUCCGAAUAUCAGUCCAGGUCAAGGAAGAUCAGCAGGUGUUCAAGGUGCCGUUCAGCUUGCUGCAUCGUUUAUCACUCUGGCAGUUUCAGUUGCUGGUGGCAUUAUUACUGGUUUUGUUGCUCGAAGAAAAUAUUUUGAUCCUCUCGACGAGGAACGCUUCUACUUGGAUGCUCCAUAUUGGGAGGUACCUGAUGAUUAUGUUGGAACUACGCCUCAGAUUCUCAUUUCACAAGGAUUGAGUCUAACCGAUGACAACAUGUCUCAGGUUGACAAACCAGAUCACUACAAUGUGGACAAACAAGAGGAGACAGCUUCCUUGGACGAAAGUCCAAGCUAGCUUUGAUUCUUUUAUCACUCAGCUCUCCGAAAGAAAGGUUUUCUUUCACCUUGUGUUGACAUUUUUGCAUUUUUGUCGCAUGAUGAUAUGUUAAGGUAUACGGUGUGUGCAUUUGACAGAUGGUAAUAAGUGUCAAUAACUUUUGAACCUCCACUCCGAUUCACUCGUGAGUAUUUGGUUAAACUUGUAAAAUGUGUUUGUCAAAUUUGAGUAAAGGACAGCAAAUUUUCCAA